UCACUAGUUAAUAAAGAAUUUAGAAAAGCGCCCUCCUUCCCGCGUGCCCCGAGUCCCCUCUCCCUCUCCCCCCACAUCAAUUGGCAAGGGCCAGGGGCAAUUGCUGCGAGAAUUUAGAGCAACUCACUAGAGUUCUCCCUUGGCUCGUUGAUGCAUUUAUUUCACCAAGCGAACCAUUUCUAGUUGUCACGCAGAGCGCCACGGCCUCCCGGUUCUGUUCCUUUCUUCCUGACUCCCUUUUUUGAGCCCGCCUUAAACCCCUUCUUGGGCAAUUUCAAAACCCUUCUCGGGUAUCGGAGAGCGCCCCUCUCUUCCCGAAUCCGGUCGAGUUUGGCCGGUCACCGAUAUACCCACCUUUUGUUUUGGGGGUUUUGUGGCUGUUUUCUGUUUCAGUCCGGUAUUAUUGGUGGUUCCUACGCACGGAAGCGAAGGUGGUUUCUCUUGUUUAUGGGCAGUAAUGUGAACAGUUGAAGGAAUUAUGGGUGCCACCGUUCCUUAUUUCCCUACUUGGAUUCCUGAAGACGAUCUUUUGCUGAAGAAUGCGGUCGAGGCAGGUGCAUCCUUGGAGUCACUUGCAAAAGGUGCCGUGCAGUUCUCUCGGAGGUUUUCUAUCAAAGAACUCCGUGAACGAUGGCAUGCUCUUCUCUAUCACCCGGAGAUUUCAGCAGAAGCUGCUGCUCGGAUGGUAGAACUUGAACUCUCUGCUUCCAAUGCUCCAAAAUUCAAUAAACUUUGCAAGGUGAAAGGACAAGAAGUUGUCCCUGAGAAAAGAAAAGUGGACAAUGUUCGCAGUAACUAUUAUGCUACGAGAAAAAAAAUUUGUAAUGACUCCACUAACUUUAUUGAUUCAAGUUAUCAUAUUCCACAAGGUGCACAUGUGGGAUUUAUGGGAAGUGAAGGCAGUCAUCUCCAGGAGCAAAUGAAUGAACUUGCUGUUAGGAACUGUGUAGAAGGCACACCUAUUGGAGACAACUUUAGAGCCACAGAAUCAGGUUUUGAUAUUGGAAGCCAAGAGUUUUCUCAGUUGGAGAGAGUUGGUUCUGUUCUGCAUGGAUUUCAUGCAUCAGGUGCUGCUACGCUUACCAAUGAUCUUCAUGAUGGAAAUAUAACAAGCACUUGCUUAUAUGGACUCCCAGGAGAUAAUAUAUCCUCCAUUCCAGUUGAAAAUGCUGUUGCAAUUGACAUCUCAUCAUUCAAUCAAGAAAACUUGGUAAAAGAUUUCUCUCAAAUUCUUGCUGCGAAUCCAGUUGAUUUCCAGAAUAGGUUGGACAUUCAAGAAACAAGCUUGCAGCAAUCAAUGGAAAUGAAUGACAUAUUUGUGGAUCAUGAUUUAGAGGUAAAACCUUUGCCUGAGUAUGACUCAAUAGACAGGAAAACUAAUGAUACUCUUCCUGGCUUUGGAAAAAUUCAGGCGUUCAAUUCAUCAACCACAGAUUCUAAGUCGCCAUGCACACAGUCAAGGUUUUCCAGUCCUCCAAAUGGUGAAACUAUUUGGGGAGCUGUUGGAGGAAUUUCGUCAUCAAUAACAAAUGAAGGGGAAUGCAGAGACAAAGGUCAAAAUGAGGACACUUUUUUGAAAUCCCCUAUAGAUGGUAUUAAGAAAAUCAGCUCACCUGAACUUGCUACUAUCAUCACUGAGUUUAAUGAUGCAGUAGUCACUUCUGGUGCUAUGGAUGACUCGUUCGCUGUUUCCCAGAGUGAGUUCAUGGAGCUUUCAAACUCUCUUCUAAGUUAUGUGGGUGAAGGAGAUCUACUUUAUUUGAAUGUUGAUGAAAAGGACAUGGAUAGGGCUUGCCUUGAUGGUCUAGGUUCAAUAUUUCUGAAUUCUCCUAAAGAUGUAGACCAAGAAGAUUCAUCAAAGUUAGUCGAACCUAGGGAAUCAGCAGCAGCUAAAACUUGUUCUCAGAUUGUUGGUGGUGGACAUAUUAAAGAAGAAGAUGCUAUGCAACCAUUGGAUUCUGAUUCUGCUGAUCAAUGUCAUGUUUGUGAUUCAGAAGCUAAUGUCCCAUCUAUUCCUACAUGCAAUUUCCAUUUACCUGAAGAUGUGGAGAUUAGAAACUGUAUACUCAACACAGAGGAUCCCAAUAUACCAUGCAAUAAUGAUAUCUUUCCUUCAAAACCUGCUUCAAGACCAUGUUUCCCCUCUAUUGCCCAACAUAAUCCUGAUCAGAUUAUCAUGUCAAAUUCCUUUUCUGAUAGAGAAACUUGCAAUCGUCGAACAAGUGAACCGAGUUUAGCUGUUAUGCGGGCAGAUCUUGAAAUGCAUGGUCAUAUGCAUGUCAGUCCUUAUGUUCCGGGGCCCUCUGCGUUGGUAGAGAUUGGUCUUAAGGAUGUAGGGCACUGUGAAAGGGUAAAAGUUGAGAACCUAACAUCUGAUUCACCCUCUACAAGCUCCAUGAAUGCAAGUGCGGGAGCAGAGAACCGAAAGGAAUGCAAUAUAGCACCUUCGACUUCAAAAACUGCCAAGGGUCUGUCUUUGCAAGACCAUGCUACAACACCUCGACUGGGAAAGGGUGACUUCUGUUACUCAACAGAGACACUUGAUUUGGAGGAUUCUGCUGCUUAUGCUAAAAGCUAUCCAGAAAAUGCAGUUAACAGCAAAAAGCACGGAGUAGAUUCACAACUUGAGGUUGUAAAACAUGCAACACAGUUGGCUCUUGCCGAGCAAGUUACUGGAGGCAUUCAUGUGAGUAAUACGCAUGAGGUGGGCUGUCUAGAGCAAGUAACCCACGUCUCAACUUCUGACAAGGAGGAGCAACAUUGUGAAAGUGAAGAUGAUGUACCAUAUUUUUCAGACAUUGAAACAAUGAUAUUAGAUAUGGACUUACCCCCUAUUGAUCAUGACAUGUUCUUUGCUCAAGAAGAAAUUAGAUAUCAACUUGGGAACAACAGGCAGGAAAUCAUGAGAUUGGAAAAGAUCGCGACUUCUUAUAUGCAACGGGCUGCCACAAGAUGUGGUGCCUUUGCUGUUUUUUAUGGACGUCGUUUGAAGCAUUACAUUACGAAAUUUGAGGUAUCUUUGGGGAGAGCAACAGGAGACGUUAAUGUGGAUAUUGACUUGAGAAGAGAAGGCCGUGCAAAUAAAAUAUCCCGACGGCAGGCAAUCAUAAAGAUGGAAGAAGAUGGAUCUUUUUAUAUAACUAAUCUUGGGAAAAAAGCUAUCUCAGUCAACAGCAAGGACAUAGCAAGUGGUCACCGCUUAUGCCUUGCAUCUGGUUCAUUGAUUGAGAUCAGGGGCUUGCGGUUCAUUUUUGAGACUAACCCAAAGCUUGUGAAGCAGUAUAUAGCCAACAUGAAUGAAAGGAAGACAAAAAACAAAUGUACUGAUGCAGAUAUGAAUCAAUCAGUUUGAUUCCAUUAUUAGUUAAAUAUGCCCAUUGUUUUCUCCAUGGGUUUGAAAUUGUAUAUACCUCACGCUCUUGCACCUCUGGAGCGGCAUCCUUGUGGUUAUAAAGUUACAGUUUUACGUGCAUCAA